ACAUGCGCACUUCAUUUCGAAAAUGGCGGCUGUGCAAGAUGGUCAGCUCAAUCUGGAGGUCGAAAAAGACAUAAAAGCAGAAAUAACAAACGAUGAUUCGGGAAAUAUCAAUGCAAACUCUUCGUCACCCGGUUCUACGUCUUCGGGCGGUAAAUCGAAAUCUCCGGCGGGAUCAGGAGAAGAUCAACAGACACUGCUCGCGGUGCUGCAAUUUCUCAAGAGGAAUAAAUUGACGGAGUCAGUCGACAUUUUGCGGCGAGAAGCGGGCUUAUCUGCAGAUGCAGAUGAUUCCCCGAUAUCCGAGUCGGCGGGAGCUGGAUCGAGUGGCGCGCCAAAUGUCGGUGCUGAUGGGGGUGAUGCCAACUCUCUCCUCAGCCGAGUGUCAAUCGCCACCCCCGCCGCACUCCCGGCCACCGCACCCCUCGCGCCACCAAAAGUGGUGGCAGCAUCAGGUGGGGAAGACCAACCAGACGUCAACGUUGUCUUGUCAGCCUAUAGCCAGCAGGGAGACCCUGUCCUGUACCCACUCUAUUAUAAUGGCCUGAAGAAGUUUAUUGAGUCUGUCCUGGACUGUCACAGAGCCGAACUCUCCCAGGUCUUCUACCCCCUGUUUGUCCACAUGUAUCUGGAGCUGGUCUACAACAACCACGAGAAUGAAGCUAAACAGUUUUUUGAAAAGUUCAGCGGGGACCAGGAGUGUUACUAUGAGGAGGACCUCCGCAUCCUCUCCAGCAUGUCCAAGAAGGAACACAUGAAGGGAAAUGAGACCAUGCUGGACUUCAGGACCAGCAAGUUCGUCCUUCGCAUCUCCCGAGACUCCUACCAGCUGCUGAAGAGGCACCUGCAGGAACGUCAGAACAACCAGAUCUGGAAUAUUAUACAGGAACAUCUCUAUAUUGAUAUAUUUGACGGGAUGCCUCGGAGUAAAAGUCAGAUUGAUGCCAUGUCGGGCAGUCUGGCGGGGGAGGCCAAGAGAGAUGCCAACAAAGCCAAGGUGUUCUAUGGUCUUCUGAAGGAGCCAGAGAUCGAGGUACCUCUGGAUGAUGAGGAUGAGGAGGCAGAGAACGAGGAGGGCAAACCCAAGAAGAAGAAACCUAAGAAGGACAGCAUGGGCUCCAAGAGCAAGAAACAGGAUCCCAAUGCACCUCAACAAACUAGAAUCCCCCUCCCCGAGCUGAAGGACUCUGACAAGCUGGACAAGAUCAUGAACAUGAAGGAGGCCACUAAGAAGAUCCGUCUGGGCCCAGACAACCUACCCUCCAUCUGUUUCUACUCCUUCCUCAACGCUUACCAGGGUCUGACAGCAGUGGACUUCACAGAUGACUCCAGUCUGAUCGCGGGGGGCUUCGCUGACUCCACCGUGAGGGUGUGGAGCGUCACACCCAGGAAACUACGCCGGGUCAAAUCUGCAGCAGACCUGAGUAAUAUUGAUAAAGAGUCUGAUGACGUGUUGGAGAGGAUCAUGGAUGAGAAGACGGCCAGUGAGUCUAAGAUCCUGUAUGGACACAGUGGACCAGUAUACGGCAUCAGCUUCAGCCCUGACAGGAACUACCUGUUGUCCAGUUCUGAGGACGGUACGGUCAGACUGUGGAGUCUGCAGACAUUCACCUGUCUAGUGGGGUAUAAAGGACACAACUACCCUGUCUGGGACACUCAGUUCUCACCCUAUGGGUACUACUUUAUCUCUGGGGGACAUGACAGAGUCGCUCGUCUGUGGGCGACGGACCACUACCAGCCCCUGCGUAUGUUCGCUGGUCACCUGGCUGACAUCACGUGCACCCGCUUCCACCCCAACUCCAACUACGUGGCCACAGGUUCAGCUGACCGUACCAUCCGCCUCUGGGACGUCCUGACUGGCAACUGUGUCCGCAUCCUCACGGGUCACAAGGGCCCCAUCCAUUCCCUGGCCUUCUCCCCCAAUGGGAAGUUCAUGGCCUCGGGAGCAACUGACAGCAGGGUUCUACUGUGGGACAUUGGUCACGGCCUGAUGGUCGGAGAGCUGAAGGGACACACUGACACCAUCUACGCCCUCAAGUUCAGCAGGGACGGAGAGAUACUAGCCUCAGGCUCAAUGGAUAACACUGUUAAACUGUGGGAUACACUGAAGGCCUUUGAUGAUGUGGAGCUGGAUGAUUUCACCGCGGCAACGGGUCACAUCCAUCUACCAGAGAACUCACAGGAGCUGUUGCUAGGCACCUACAUGACCAAGUCCACCCCUGUCAUUCACUUGCACUUCACCCGCAGGAACCUACUGCUGGCUGCAGGGGCCUACAACCCAUGAGGACAUUCAGAGAACAUUCUUAGAACCCCCCCCAAAAAACUAGGGUUGUGUGAUGAAAUUAUCAAUAUCCAACCAUAGUGAAAGACGGUGGAUCAAAACAAAUGCCCAACCAGUUGAAUCCGCUAACUAAAGUUAAUCUACUGUGAUGCAGCCCUAAGAAACAUGGUUAUUGUUCCAAAAGCUGCAGCUCCAUCAAGCUGAUCUAGGAUCUGAUUCUAACCCCACCCUGCCUAAAAUGGCUCUGGGGUGAAGUUGCCCCUAGAUACAGAUCCAGGAUCAGCUUGUCCCCACAAAUCUUAAUCCUUAGUAGGGAAAUGCAAAACUGACCCAGGACCAGUGUCUAGAGGCAACUUCACCCUACUCCGCUAAAAAGAGUGCCAUUACUAGCCUAUUAAAGAGACCAUGUUUUUGUCACUGCCACAAAGACAGCUUUAUGACAAGUCAUGCUGUAUAGAUAGUAUUUUAUACCAGUGCAUAUUGUGUAAAUAAAACACUUUUUAAUGAC